AUGGCCAAGAGCAAACUAAAAGGGCAGAAGUCCAGGAAUCUGUUUCAUAUAGCCAGCCAAAAAAACUUUACGACUAAAAAUAAAGCAAAACCAGUUACCACUAAUCUUAAGAAGAUAAACAUUGUGAGUGAUGAAAAAGUUAACAGAGUGAAUAAAGCUUUUGUAGAUAUACAAAGGGAACUUCCCCAUUUCUCAAAAGGCCUUUCCCUUGAACCUCUGCAGAAACAGCUGAUUCCUCAACAGUGUCAUGUUAAUGUUGAAGCAAUCAGAUUAAUGGCUCAGCUAUAA